AUGAUCCCAGCCACCUUCAAGCUCUGCGCAGCCAUCUCUUACCAGCACGUCCGCACUCUGACAGGUUUGAGACACACAGCUGUGGCAGCUCUCGGGCACAAACUCCAUCAGCUCAGGCUUCAGAAUCAAGGGCCCAGCUCCUGGGUCAGUCAGGUUCGCAGGAGGAGCUCCCUCAUCAGUUGCUGUCUUGAAGAGAAGCCGUAUUCUGAGGCAGAAAUGGCGUACAUUAAACAGGCCGAGGAAGCCCUGCAGAAAUCAAUCUCCAUUCUGCAGGACGGAAGCGGGUGGAAGUCCGAAAUCGAAGCGGCCAACGGUGACAAAGUCGUCAGCAAAACACUUCCAGAUAUUGGCAAAGUCUUCAAGCUAGAGGUAGAGAUGGACAAUUCAUUAGAUCUGCUCUACAGUGAGCUGUUUGACAAGGUCGAACAGAUGGGAGAGUGGAACCCAAACAUUAAACAGGUGAAGAUCCUGAAAAAGAUCAACCAGGAAACGAUGCUGACUCAUGAGGUUUCCACGGAGACAGCAGGCAACCUCAUCAGCCCCAGGGACUUUGUGAGCGUGCGCUACGCCAAGAGACGAGGCUCAACCUGUUUCCUGGCUGGGAUGUCCACCCAUUGUGACAUGAUGCCCGAGCAAAAUGGCAUCGUCAGGGCUGAGAGUGGGCCCACUUGUAUCGUCCUCCGCCCCUCUGCUGAAGAUCCAAACAAGACCAGGUUCACAUGGCUACUGAGCAUUGACCUGAAGGGCUGGUUGCCAAAGUCUCUCAUUGACCAGGUUCUCUCCCAAUCCCAAGCUGACUUCGCCCAACAUCUCCGCCGUCACCUGGAUUCCAACAGUGCUGUCUGCAGCUGCUGA